UUCGCACGCCAAUCAAAUCUCUCUUUUUUCUUUUUGCACUAAAAUAAAAUCUCUCUCUCUCUUACCAGUAGAAAUUCUUUGAAGCUAGACAAUUUUUUUUUUCCCUUGCAAAAUGUGGCUGCUCCUUCUAACUAGAAACAAUUAAAAAUAACAUUAAGUAAGAUGAAAAAACUCCCCGAGAUUCCAAAGGUGAUGUUUUUGCUGCAUGCUGUUGUUUAGAUCAGAUGUGAGGUUUUGAAGUUCUAAAUGCUUGGUUAGUUUGGCCGGGUGAAAAAUUGCUCUGAGGAUGGAGUCGUGCGACUGCAUUUAUCCACUGUGGCAAGAUGAACUCCUUGUGAAAUACCAGUAUCUGUCAGACAUUUUUAUUGCCCUGGCAUAUUUCUCUAUCCCUUUGGAGCUCAUUUAUUUUGUGCAGAAGUCAGCAUUUUUCCCUUAUAGAUGGGUGCUCAUGCAAUUUGGAGCAUUCAUUGUUCUAUGUGGGGCUACACAUCUUAUAAAUUUGUGGACCUUCUCUAUGCACACAAAAACUGUUGCUAUAGUGAUGACCAUUGCGAAAAUUUCUACGGCUGCUGUAUCGUGUGUUACAGCUUUGAUGCUUGUUCACAUUAUUCCUGACUUGUUAAGUGUAAAAACAAGGGAAAUGUUUCUGAGGAAUAGGGCUGAGGAGCUUGACAGGGAGAUGGGUCUUAUCCUCACCCAAGAAGAAACCGGAAGACAUGUUAGAAUGCUAACUCAUGAGAUCAGAAGCACCCUUGACAGACAUACAAUACUGAAAACUACUCUUGUCGAGUUGGGUAGGACACUUGAUCUAGAAGAGUGCACAUUAUGGAUGCCAUCACAAACUGGCAUGACAAUGCGACUUUCUCACUGUUUGAACCACUCAAUGGUAGUCGGAUCUACUGUUACAAUGAAUCUUCCUUUCAUUGCUGAAAUCUUCAACAACAGCGGAGCAGUGAGAAUACCUCAUUCAUGUCCACUAGUGAGGGCUCGGCCAGGUGCAGGAAGAUAUGUAGCCCCUGAUGUUGUUGCAGUUCGGGUUCCUCUUCUACAUCAUUCAAAUUUUCAGAUUAAUGAUUGGCCAGAUGUCUCAGCAAAAACCUAUGCAGUAAUGGUUCUCGUUUCCCCGUCUGAUGGUGUAAGGAAAUUCCGUGAUCAUGAGCUGGAUCUAGUAGAAGUUGUUGCUGACCAGGUAGCUGUUGCUCUUUCUCAUGCUGCAAUUCUGGAAGAAUCUAUGAGAGCUCGUGAUCAGCUUAUGGAACAGAAUGUUGCUUUAGAUUUGGCUCGUCGAGAGGCUGAGAUGGCAAUUCGUGCUCGUAAUGAUUUUCUGGCAGUAAUGAACCAUGAGAUGAGGACACCAAUGCAUGCCAUAAUUGCCUUAUCAUCUAUUCUUUUGGGGACUGAUUUAACACCUGAACAAAGAGUAAUGUUGGAGAUUAUACUCAAAAGUAGCAAUCUGUUGUCUACAUUGAUCAGUGAUGUGCUAGAUCUUUCUAAACUAGAAGAUGGUAGCUUAGAGUUGGAAACUGCAACAUUCAAUCUUCAUGGGGUUUUCAGAGAGGUGAUUCAUUUGAUAAAGCCUAUUGCAUCCAUAAAGAAGUUAUCCUUAACAUUCGGCUUAGCUCCAGAGGUGCCCAUUUGGGCCUUGGGUGAUGAAAAGCGGCUGAUGCAAACAAUUUUGAAUGUUAUUGGAAAUGCUGUAAAAUUUACAAAAGAAGGUUAUGUUUCAGUUUCUGCAUCUGUUGCUAGACCAGAAUCUUUGAGAGAUUGGCGAACCUCUGAAUUUUACCCGGUGUUGGGUGAAGGCCACUUCUACUUGAGAGUGCAGGUUAAAGAUUCAGGAUGUGGAAUUAACUCACAAGAUUUACCUUUACUUUUCAAUAAAUUUACUCAGUUCAACCGAAAUAGUGGUGGUGUUGGACUUGGACUUGCUAUUUGCAAACGGUUUGUAAAUCUCAUGGGUGGUCAAAUAUGGAUUGAAAGCGAGGGUCUUGACAAGGGAACCAUUACUACAUUUCUGGUAAAACUUGGGAUGUGCAAAAGUCCAAGCGAUGCUUUAGUUCAACCGGUUGGACUCGAAGGGCAUGCAGAUCAAGGGAAUACAGAGUUCCUAAGCAAUAAACAGAUAUAUAAAGAUGAUGAUGUUAAUUCCUUUCCAUAUUAUGAAAGAAAUUUCUGAAGGUGUUAAUGCCUGCUUCUGUUUUCCAUCACUGGAUACUGAGGCACUAAGAAAAGAAAUUGUAUGCAAAUGUGCAUGACCAAAAUAUACCCCUAAUCGCCUGAAGGGGAAAGGACGACCAAGAACAAGAAGCUAUAAGAAGAGUGAUAUGCGCAUUUUGUACAUGUAGCAGCAGCAUCACUUUCAUAGAAAUAUAUUAAUGGGCAUUUGUAAAUGGUGAAUCCAGCACCUGUCUUGAAAUCAAAACUUCAGUCUCUUAUCUUUUCUUAGACAGAA